UUUAAUCGUUUUGAGUCAAAAGAAAAACGAUUAUUAAGAGUCGAUAAUAAAAUCAUGAAGACUAGACCUUGUAAUUUUAUUUUAUAUUUCCAAAUUAUGACUUUCUUGGUGUUAUUUGUUGGUGUGAAUUGUCAAUUAACACCAAAUUUUUACUCAAAAACAUGUCCAAAUCUUCUUAGAGUUGUACGUAGAGAAGUUCAAAGUGCAAUCAAGAAUGAAAUGAGAAUGGCUGCUUCUUUGCUUCGUCUUCACUUUCACGAUUGCUUUGUCAAUGGUUGUGAUGCAUCGUUGUUGUUGGAUGGAAAUAGUAGUACAAGUGAAAAAUUUGCUCCAGGAAAUUUGAACUCAGCAAGAGGAUAUGAAGUGAUAGAUAAUAUAAAAACUGUUGUUGAGAAUACGUGCAGUGGAAUUGUUUCUUGUGCAGAUAUUUUAGCUAUAGCGGCAAGAGAUUCAGUAUUAUUGAGUGGAGGGCCAUUUUGGAAGGUGUUAUUAGGGAGAAGAGAUGGAUUAGCUGCUAAUUUUUCUGGAUCAAGUAAUGGACUUCCAGCACCAUUUGAUCCACUUAAUACAAUUAUAUCUAAAUUCCAGGAUGUUGGAUUAAACUUAACAGAUGUUGUGAGCCUAUCAGGUGCACAUACAAUUGGAUUAGCAAGGUGUACAACAUUUGACAAUAGAUUAAGAAACUUCAAUGGGACAAAUUCACCAGACACAACAUUAGACACAACCAUAGUAAGUGAACUUCAAAAUUUGUGUCCAUCCACAAGUGAUGGAAACAACACAACCCCACUUGAUAGGAAUUCUACAAAUUUAUUUGACAAUCAUUUUUUCAAGAAUUUGAUUAAUGGAAGAGGACUUCUUGAAUCAGAUCAAAUCUUGUUCUCUAGUGAUGAUGCUAUAACAACAACAAAAACCCUAGUUGAGACAUAUAGCAAUAACUCUAUGUUUUUCUUUAAUGACUUUGUUAAUUCAAUGAUUAAGAUGGGAAACAUUAGUCCUUCGACCGGAUCGAACGGUCAAAUCAGGACGAACUGUAGGGUUGUUAAUUGAUUUGAAUAAUUAGUAUGUAAUAUUGUGAUA